AUGGCCACUAAACAAGACGAGAAGGCCAGCAAUAAACCAGAUAAAACCGUGAUUGUCCCUAAGAACUGCGCGCAAGUACAAAAGAUUCAUCUUGAUAGACUAAUGAAGAAUGUGGAUCGACCUAUUCACAUUCCCAAAGUGAAUCAAGAGAAAGCAUCGCCACUACCUCCCGAAUUUGUCCGAGAAAUUAUGGGCUCAAGUGCAGGAGCUGGAAGUGGCGAAUUUCAUGUCUAUAGAGGUAGUAGGAGGAGAGAGUAUAAUCGCUUACGACUCAUUGAAGAACAAGCGAAAAAGGAUGAAUCCAAUCAAGAACUUCAAAGAAAGAUAGAAAGUGAUCGAAAGGAAACCGAAGAACGGACAGCCAAAAAGCGUAAUAAAAGAUUACGUAAAAAGCAGAAGCAACUCGAGCAUAAAAAAAGAAAUACUGGAGCCGCAACGAUGAAAGAGGAUAUGAAAAGUAAUGACCGUGAUGAAGAUAAUAGUGACUCUGUAGAGACCCAACAAGUAGAAGAAAAUUCUUUUAUAAUAGGAGGAAGAUAA